AUGUCCAGAAAAGGAAUUGACGGCAGCUGUUUCAAAACAGGUUUCAUUUGCCGGGACGAUGAAAAUAGCGAUAACAACAACCAUUAUAGGGAAGCUAUGCCGGAUGAAAAGUUUACCAAAAACACGCUGAUUGAGUAUUGCUGCCGGACUGAUGGGCACGCCGAAAACGACGUCAUCCUGCUCACGGACACGCCGUUCGUGUUGUUCAAAUCGAACUCUCGUCAAUGUCAGCAUGUGCAAGGAAUGUGCUGGAAGGAAGAAUGGUUCCAAUGGGAUACCGAGGACUGGUCUUUCUCCGGAAACGAAAACCUGGGAUCUGUUCCGUAUGAGGAGGUUGGAUGGAAUAUCAAGUUGUAUCAUUGUUAUUAUUACAGGUAA